GCAGUGAAAAGCUCAUCAUGACAGAAGCUCAUUUCACCAGUCAAAUUAUUGCAUGUUUAAGCCAUGGGUUUGUGGGUAGAUUGUGAGACUGAAAUUAUUCUUGUGCCUUCGUUGCAAAACUGCAGAUGCACACCAAACAUGUCUCGGCAGAUCUGUUAAAUUUGGACUUUCAAAUUCUGGUAGACGUCUUUUUUUUUUUUUGCAUCUCAGAGACAGAGCAUGUGUCCUUUCAUUCAGGAGUUCACCAUGGACAUGUUUUUCCGUCAAAUGUGGGUGGAUGAUAGGCUGGCGUUCAAAGGUCCCAUCGAGAUCUUACGCCUAAACAACCGCAUGUUGGAGAAGAUUUGGAUUCCCGACACCUUUUUCCACAACUCGAAGAAAUCCCUGGCACACAACAUGACAACGCCGAACAAGAUGUUUCGUAUCAUGCAGAACGGCACUGUCUUCUACACCAUGAGGCUGACUGUGAGUGCAGAAUGUCCAAUGAUGCUGAUGGAUUUUCCCAUGGAUGGCCAUGUAUGCCCUCUCAGCUUCGGAAGCUAUGCAUACACCAGCAAUGAGAUUGUAUACACAUGGAGAAAAGGCCUGGAAGAUUCUGUGGUCAUCCCUCCGGAGUCCUCCAACUUACUGCAGUAUGACCUCAUUGGGCAGACACUUUCCAGCAAAAUACUGCAUAUCAAUACAGGUCAGUAUUCUGUCAAGAUGGUCCACUUUUUCCUCCAGAGAAAGCUCGGCUAUCAUCUGAUCCAAACAUAUGUCCCCCUCAUCAUGGUGGUCGUCCUGUCCCAAGUGUCAUUCUGGAUCAACAAGGAGUCUGUGCCUGCUCGCACUGUGGCUGGAGUCACCACCGUCCUCACUAUGACCACACUGAGCAUCAGCGCACGCUCUUCUCUGCCAAAAGUGGCCUACGCCACAGCCAUGGACUGGUUCAUUGCCGUCUGCUUCGCCUUCGUGGCCUCGGCCCUGGUCGAGUUUGCCGCCGUCAACUACUUUGCCACAUUGGAGGCCAACAGGAUGAGACGUCGACUCUCCAGAGCUUCUGUGCUGGAGUACAUCGCUGAGGGAAGUGAUGAUGAAGACGAGUCGACGUUAUCUGACACAAGCAACGGCGAGCGACAGAGGAGGAGACUGAACUCGGCUGCAGAAGCCCCAAAAAUGCGCUUGCCCAUCUUCCUGCAGCAGGGUUCAGCUAUUCCACCCAACAUCACGCUGGCUGGCCCCAGUGUCAUCGAUCAGUACGCUCGCGUGCUCUUCCCCCUCGCAUUCGCCCUCUUUAACAUCAUCUACUGGUACAUUUACCUCAGCAAGGAUACCAUGGAGAAAUCGAGGGAGAUGGACUGAGUUUCUCCACUGUGCAGUGUGCCUGAAGUAUAUCUGCUGCUCUCCUUUUGCUCACUAUCCCUUUGUUCUUGGACUGUUUCAGUCUCCCUUUUCCACUCUCCUCGGCUGUCUCUGACUCCUGAGGUCUGAUGAGGUCUGAUGGAGCACAGGCUGAUGUGACAGCUUGACAACAGUGCGUAUUCUGUCACCCAUAUGGAUCUGUGAUCACACCCAUGCUCCAUGAUCCUCUCUGCUGUAUCUUAACCUUGUGCAUGGAAAAUGUGCCCUGCUUCUGUGGCUGACUGAGUAAGAAAAACAUUGAUGAUCUAAUGCUCAGCCCUAAUUGGUGAUGCAACAUUGAACCAGUGCUUUCAGAUCUCUCUCUAGAGAGCCAGACCUCAGAGCACUGGAUGAAGAAAAAAACGACAGGCAUCUAUAUUCUUCAGCAGCUUCAAAGCUUUUUUGUCCUGUACAGAAAACCCAAAAUCUCCAAGACAGAGAGACAGAGAGAGUGAGAGAGAGACAGAGUGACAGAGAGAUUUUUGAUUUUUGCAUUAUAUUACUAAUUACACAACACAUUUCUCAAAGAUUCUCAAAGUUUGAUGCUUUACAUUAAUGUUCAGAUGGAUUUUUGUAGAUUUAUUAAAGGUGUAAGUUUGGUAAGUUUUUACGCAUGUCAAUCAUAUAAUUUUCAUAAAUGUUAUAAAAUAGAUUGUAAAAAAAAUCGUUGAGUGUAAAUUUCAACAUUGAAUGCACAUAGCUUGUCUUUUCAGUUCAGUCUUCAGCCCAAACUGACCAGUGUACAUUUACUUUGCCUACAUCUUCCUCAAUGGUAACUCACAAGGUUUAUGUAGUUUCAUUAGAGAGUAUAAGAUAGGUUAUGGUUAAGAGGAAAGGCUUACUGAUCAUGUUUGCCUUACAGUCACAGAGUUACUAAAAUGACCAAAAUUACAGACGGCUACUUUAAAAUAUUUCCAUACUGCUUCUUUAAAAAAUUUAUCUCGCUAAUUAUUUUCCUGGGAAGUAUCUUUAAAAUGUAUUUUAUAAAACAUUUCAGGCCACUUUUACUGGUUGAACCUUUGGGAGCAUUAAAUGCUUUUAGGUUCCAGUGUAUGAAGAGUGUAUGGCAAGUGAGGUCUAUUUAAAAUUGGACCAAACUGACCGCCUGUUUAAUAUAAUAAUUUAUAGUAUUGGUGUGUAACGCUGUCUAAAUGCUGUGCACUGUAGUAUUUAUGGACAUACAAUCAAUUUGUUUGUAGGAUUUGUUUUUGCCUGUCAUAUUUUAAAAACUAAUCUAGUGACACAUAUAUGUAUUGUUGCAAAUGAGUCAGUUACAAGAUCGAUUAUAAUAAACCAA